UCGAGCCCUCUGAGCGCGGGGUUGCGGAUACAGACCGAUAUUAUCCCUGGAUAUACUGUCACGGAAGCGAGCGCAAAUACCACAGGACGAAGCCCGAGUGAGUCAACCAGGAUACCUUCGAAGUCUACAUCGUUCGGUUUGGAUCGAACACCAAGCAUAAAGAACGUCUUCGCGACCAGUGUAGGCAGCAGUUCGAACUUUGGCUCGGCCCCCAACUCUGCCUUAUCUUCGCCAAUGCUGAAUGCUAUGGCAGAUGUGACUCCGCUCCCCUCACCGCUUAUGACCGGAGAUUCCCCCGGCCCUUGGAAGCAACUCACUUCUCGACCAGCCUCACGCGAACUCAUGAUCCCCAUAACCGCAGACUCGGCCCUCGUUACGGCGAAUGGCGAGUCCAUAUCUGCCGCCAUUGCGAACCAGUCGAAACGGAGGGCAUACCAUGGGCUAAUGGCGACUCCAAACGAGUCCGGGCUACAGAUAAACAAGGAGAAGAACGCAGAAGAACAUGGGAGGAACCGCAGCAUCAGUGAGUAUAUACCUGAAGCUAUCCAGGUGCCAAAACCGCGGCAGAUCACUGUCUCAGGCUCCCAUGCGCCGAUUGAUGCAACUCCGGACUCAGCUACGGAUAUGCAUAUGCGGAGGGAACCACAUUUGGCUGUACAAAGGGGACUGGCUCCGAUUCCAACACCACCAACUCCGCCAUCGAGUAGGACCGGAGCAGAAAGUAGUGACAGUGACUCAUCUUUAUCUACUGCAAACUUACCCCGACUACACAAAAAGUCUCGACAUGAGUACUUCGAGGCGUAUACUCCAGGAGACUCCAAGAAGAGGAGAUGGCGAGCCUUGAAACUGUUAGGGCAAGGCACUUUCAGCAAAGUCAUGCUGGCAACAAGUCAAGUGCCUGAAGAAGAUAACCGGAUCGACGAGAAUGAUGUUUUCAGGGAACGGAUGGAUGGGAUUCUUACGCCUGUUCAAGAGAGCAGAAUCGACAGAAAGAAACUAGUGGCAGUCAAGAUCUGUGAGCAUGGACCAAAGGGAGGAGCUUCGGAAGAACGAGUUGAGAUGUCACUGAAGCGAGAACUGGAGAUCAUGAAAACGAUACACCAUCCUUCACUGGUCCAUCUCAAGGCAUGGAAUAUCGAGGAAACACGUGCUAUUUUGGUACUGAGUUAUUGUCCUGGCGGAGAUCUUUUUCAAGUGGCAAGCGAGCACCGGAAUCUGCUUGUUCCCUCACUGCUGAGGAGGAUGUUCUCUGAGUUAGUAGCGGCCGUUCAAUAUCUGCACGAUCGUCAUAUCGUGCACCGAGACAUCAAACUUGAGAACGUCCUUGUCAACCUCCCACAGCACGAACUGUCCCGUCAGCAGGACUGGAUUACAUAUCCAUAUUCAAUCGUCACUCUCACUGAUCUGGGUCUUUCCCGACGUGUUGCAGAUGACGAAAAACUGACGACGCGCUGUGGAUCCGACGAUUACGCUGCGCCGGAAGUAAUUAUGGGGCAACCGUACGACGGCAGAGCAACAGACGCCUGGUCACUCGGAGUUCUUCUUUACGCAUUACUAGAAAGCAGAUUACCGUUCGAUCCUAAUCCGGGAAUGUCAGAAGGACAUAAACAACGAAGUCGCACUUCUCACCGAAUAGCGAGAGUGGAAUGGCGGUGGAUCGAAUAUGCUGGCGAAGAAGGGGAUCACGAAGGCGAUCCUGAGAAGUUCAGCGAACGAGGCCUGGAAGGCGCAAUGCUCGUUACCGAAGGACUUCUCAAGCGAGCACGGAGCCGAUGGGCUCUCGAGAAAGUCGCAGAGCAGGAAUGGGUUAGCGGAGGUAUCAAUAUUGAAGGCGGAAUCAAAUUCCGGGAAGAAGAUACACCCGAG